GGCCUUUCCCCUCCGACAUAGUUGACUUAUAAUCAUGGUUGCGACAAUCCAUUCCAUUCCCACCACAAAAAGAAACGCUAGCAACUUCCAAGUUGAGGCCUCUUUAGCAUUGCUGUUCAUGUCAUUCUCUAAGCUUUUUCUGGUCAGAUUCUAUCAUGAUUUUCUCCUCCAUUAUCUCCAAAGAAACCAUCAUCGAAUUGCUGAAGAAGAGCGACUGCCACAGAAAAAGUGAAAUGAUUUCAAUCUUUCCAAUCUCAUUCGCUUAUCUUAGCUGGAAACCCAACUCACCCAGUUGUUCCUUCUCUUUAUCUUCAAAUAUUCCUCUUCCUGUUAUUGGAAAGUACCCACUGUUGAGCUAAUUGAUUUCUCUUUCUGCUCACACCCAGAAAGCUUGAUGGGUAGCUUUCUGACUCAUUUUCUGACAUUAUAAUUUCUUUUAUGAUAUUCUUCCUUUGAGUUUGAGGUGGUAAACGUAUUCUAUUACAAAUACCAUGAAUCAGGUUUGGCUUGUGUUCUUCUUCCUUGGCUGCAUCGGUCCAUUUUCACUGGUGGCUGUAAGCCCUGGUACAGUGAAUGUUGGAGCUAUUUUCACUUUUGGCAGUAUUAAUGGGAGAGUUGCAAGAAUUGCCAUGAAGGCUGCUGAGGAUGAUAUAAAUUCUGAUCCCAGCAUACUUGGAGGAAGGAAGUUGUCUAUAACUAUGCAUGAUUCCAACUUCAGCGGAUUUCUGGGCAUCAUUGGUGCAUUACAGUUCAUGGAGACUGAUACUGUAGCUAUUAUUGGUCCACAAAGCGCUGUAAUGGCCCAUGUUCUCUCACAUCUUGCAAAUGAGCUCCAUGUUCCGCUCUUGUCAUUUACAGCUCUAGACCCCACUUUGUCACCUCUCCAAUAUCCCUACUUCGUUCAAACAGCUCCGAAUGAUCUUUUCCAGAUGACUGCCAUUGCUGAAAUGGUUAGUUACUAUGGUUGGGCUGACAUUAUUGCAGUUUAUAGUGAUGAUGAUCAGAGCAGAAAUGGCAUAACUGCAUUAGGCGAUAAACUUUCAGAAAGACGUUGCAAAAUUUCAUAUAAAGCUGCACUUCCACCAGAUCCACUUGCAAACCGAAGUGAUGUUCAAGAUGAACUAGUUAAGAUUCUGAGGAUGGAAUCUCGAAUAAUUGUUUUACACACAUUCUCCAAAACAGGCCUCUUGGUUUUUGAUGUGGCUCGGAGUCUUGGGAUGAUGGAGAAUGGGUUUGUUUGGAUAGCUAGCACCUGGCUUUCCACUGUUCUAGAUUCAAAUUCAACAUUUCCUUCCAAUACUGCUUCUAUUCAGGGAGUUCUCACGCUUCGGCCACAUACACCAGAUUCAAAAAGAAAAAGGGAUUUUAUUUCACGGUGGAACAAGCUGAGCAAUGGCUCCAUUGGGUUGAACCCUUAUGGUCUAUAUGCCUAUGAUACUGUUUGGAUGAUUGCUAAUGCCAUGAAAGUGUUUUUAGAGCAAGGCAACACCAUUACAUUUUCCAACGACUCAAAGUUAAGUGAUCUAGGAGGUGGGACUCUAAAUCUUGCAGCAUUAAGCAUUUUUGAUGGAGGAAAGCAGUUCCUUAAAAUCUUGUUGCAGACAAAUAUGACAGGUCUGACAGGACCUAUGCAAUUUGAUCAUGACAGGUCUCUUUUGUAUCCUUCAUAUGACAUCAUUAAUGUGAUUGAAAUUGGGUAUAGGCAGAUUGGAUACUGGUCUAACUAUUCUGGGCUAUCUGUUGUGGCCCCAGAGGCACUUUAUGGAAAACCGCCUAAUCGUUCAAGUUCCAAUCAACAUUUGUUCAGUGUUUUAUGGCCUGGAGGAGUAACCGCUAAGCCCCGUGGAUGGGUAUUUCCAGAAAAUGGAAGGCAAUUAAGAGUUGGAAUUCCAAAUCGUGUUAGUUAUCGGGAUUUUGUCUCUACAGUUAAUGGAACUAACUUAGUCCAAGGAUAUUGCAUAGAUGUAUUCCUUGCUGCCAUAAAAUUGCUUCCAUAUGCUGUGCCAUACAGGUUCAUUCCUUUUGGAGAUGGUCAUGAGAAUCCAAGCUACUCUGACCUAGCAAAUCAGAUCACACGAGGUGUCUUUGAUGCUGUCAUUGGGGACAUGGCAAUUGUCACAAACCGAACAAGGGUUGUGGAUUUCACCCAGCCAUACAUAGAGUCAGGGCUUGUUGUAGUGGCUCCUGUCAAGAAAUCGAAUUCGAAUGCUUGGGCAUUCUUGCGACCAUUUUCUCCAUUGAUGUGGGGUGUCACAGCAAUUUUUUUCCUUGUUGUGGGAGCUGUUGUGUGGGUCCUUGAACAUAGAAUCAACGAUGAAUUCCGGGGGCCACCUAAGAAGCAAGUUGUCACAGUUCUCUGGUUUAGCUUCUCAACUAUGUUUUUUGCACAUAGAGAAAAUACAAUGAGCACUCUUGGUCGUUUGGUGUUGAUUAUUUGGCUCUUUGUUGUUAUGAUAGUCAAUUCUAGCUAUACAGCAAGCCUGACAUCAAUCCUGACAGUCCAGCAGUUAUCCUCACCCAUUAAAGGAAUUGAUACUUUGAUUGCAAGCAAUGAUCAUAUUGGAUUUCAAGUAGGAUCUUUUGCUCAAAAUUAUCUGAACGAGGAACUCAGCAUAGCAAAAAGUAGACUCAUUGCUCUUGGCUCACCUGAAGAAUAUGCAAGAGCCCUUGCAAAUGGAACUGUUGCUGCUAUAGUUGAUGAAGGACCAUAUAUUGAUCUCUUCCUGUCAGAGCAUUGUGAGUUCUCAAUCAGAGGCCAAGAGUUCACCAAAAGCGGAUGGGGAUUUGCAUUUCCAAGAGAUUCUCCUUUAGCAAUUGAUAUGUCGACUGCUAUUCUCUCUCUAUCUGAAAAUGGUGAUCUUCAAAAGAUACACAACAAGUGGCUGAAAAGAAAAGUUUGCAGUUCCCAAAGCUCUGACUCUGGCUCAGAACAGCUGCAGUUACAAAGUUUUUGGGGGCUUUUCCUCAUCUGUGGGAUUGCCUGUUUUCUUGCUCUCCUUAUCUACUUCUGCAUGACGUUACGCCAAUUCAACCGGUACUUACCUGAAGAUACAGAUCCUUCUAUUGGGGGCAGCUCUCGUUCUAGACGCAUUCAGACAUUCUUAUCAUUUGCUGAUGAUAAGGUAGAUGAAUGGAAGAGCAAGUCAAAGAGAAAACGGGAGUUAACAGAUGGUUAUGCUAGAGAAGAUGAAUCAGUUGAUGGAUCUGGGAGAAUACAGAGGGACAUUUCUCAAGAGCGACAUAAAAGUGACGGUUGGCUUCAUUAAUCCAUAUGGUAAGUUGUGAUCAUCAGAAGAGUUCUGUAAGUAAACUACUUAAUCACCCUUUUCAGAGAUGUGAUAUACAACAUAAUGUGUAAAUGCUAUCUUUCUUAGCUGAUGUAGCUGUAGCUGUUGCUUGCAUAAUUGUCUUUCUUCUAUAAGAAGGCAUUGAUAAAUGUGCAACUGUGAAAAAUAAUACAUUCUCCUGAUUUCCUUCUCUUUUA